AUGCAUACCGUUCACCUGGUCCUUUUCCUGACCGCGGCCAUUGGUCCCGCUGCUAGCCCUCAAUCUGGCGUGGUGUCGGCAAUACCAUCGAUCGGGAUCUCUACCUUGACCAACAACACCAAACUCGAAUCUGUCCGUCUUCUUCCGCCAGAACUCACGCGGGAAACACGACCGUCAGCCGAGUGCCUCGACGUCAACGGCGGUGAGCUACAGUGCUGCCGGACUUUGCAAUCAGGAGACCAAGAGUUGGUACGAUGGCUUGCCAAGACGUACGAAUACAACAUGACGCCUGACGUUGUCAACGGCUUGAACUGCGAUGGAGAGGUUGAAAGCUGCACUGGAGUCAAGAUGUGUUGUCGAAUUACCAAGUUGUCUCCCUUGCUGUCGCUGUGGUGCGAGCCUCCCAAUGACAAGACGCCAUAG